CUUCUUGGAACAAUUGUAACCCCUCACAUUUCUCAGUUCCUGCUCUCAUUGGAAGACUGCCUACUCGACUCUACACCGAACAGGAUGUUGUGUUAUAGUCAUAUCUCUCACAGCCAGUGCAGACACAUGCACUACCCAGCCUGACGAGCUGCACACAGGUUUGGCUUCAUCAUAGCAGCCUCACCAUCCUCAUCCUUACUGCUGCAUCCCACACAGCUAAAUACAUGAAUACCACUGAUAUGGAUUCAUAUGAUGAAUUUCUGGAAUUUUUGGAAGAAUACGGCAAUUACUCUGAUGGAUCUAACCCAAAGUACGUAACAAGUGAAUUUGUGACUCAAUGUCAGAAGGCUGAUGUUGUGCACUUUGGUGCCAAGCAGAGACGGAAGGCUUACGCCAUCAGCUCCUCCGUGGUGGUGUGGGUGGUGAGUUUGGCAUCUAGCGUGAAAGAGAUGAUCCUGCACGACACAUUCACCGACAAGCAAUACGGCGAGUUGUGUGAGAACGUUGGUUAUGACCAUGACACAUUGACCAAGUGGAAGCUGUUUGGCUACUACCAACAGUUCUUCGUCUUCUUCCUGAUCCCUGUAGCAAUUGUGCUGUACUGCUACAUGCGUAUCACUAUGAGGGUCCUCUCCACGCGCAUGAGAGAGAAGUGCAGAGCGGUGAAGCUGAUCUUUGUCAUCGUGCUCACCUUCUUCAUCAAUAUUUGAAAGAAUAUGUUUGAUAUGUUUGAAUACUGUUUGAUUCUUUAAACUAUGAAAUUUGCCAUAAAAUGAAUUAAAUGACUAAAGACUCCAGGA